GCGUGGUUACGGCGCAGUCACGGACCGGGUGCAGAACGCAAAGUCACCGGGGAGAACUUGGCCGCGAGCACGGGCUCCCGGGCCAGCCCACGCUCCCGAGCCUGGGGAAUGACUCGCGAGGGCAGGGGCCGGACCCAGCUCCCUGCUGACUCAGUGCGUCCCGGCUUCCCAGAGCUGGCCGUCCCGCGCACGGCCCUUAAAAGGAGUCGGGCUCCCUUUCGGAGCGGCCGGGCGGCGGGGACCUGCCGGGAGCCGGACAGUCGGGCCGCUACUGCCCGGGAGCGCAGGGAGGCGCCGCGGACUUCCCCGGAGGGGCCGGGCUGGCAGGGAGGGGGAGGGGGCCGCGGGGUCUCCGAGAGCCGGCAGCAUGCUCCGGGUGUUCAUCCUCUACGCGGAGAACGCCCGAACCGGGGACAGCGACAUCAGCGACGCUUACUGCUCCGUGGUGUUCCAAGGAGUGAAGAAGCGAACUAAGGUCAUCAAGAACAGUGUGAAUCCUGUAUGGAAUGAGGGAUUUGAGUGGGACUUAAAGGGCAUUCCCUUGGACCAUACCUCUGAGCUGCACGUGGUGGUCAAAGACCAUGAGACGGUCGGAAGGAACAGGUUCCUGGGGGAAGCCCGAGUCCCGCUCCGGGAUGUCCUCACCAACCCGAGUCUGGCCGCCAGCUUCAACGCCCCGCUUCUGGACACCAAGAGGCAGCCGAUGGGAGCGUCCUUGGUGCUGCAGGCCUCCUACCUCCCUCCUCCUGGAGCUGCCCCCCUGUUCCCUCCCCCCACCCCGCAGGACGCCUCUCCUUCCCUGACCGAGAUGGACGUGAGUGCCGGUGUGGGCCCGGAGGAGACAUGGUCCCUGCUGAGCGAAAGCACCGUGGACACGCGCUACUCGGGGAAGAAGUGGCCGGCGCCCGCGGACACGGGGGGAGAGGAGGACGUGGAAGACCAGGGGCUCACGGGAGACGAGAGGGAGCCCUCUCCGGACAAGGGCGCUCCCCCCGGGCUCGGGGGGCCGGCGGCCCACAAGAAGCUUCCCCCCCACCCGCCGGCGCAUCCCGCGGGGCUCAAGAGGAAGAGGGGCCCGGCCAAGAAGCUGCUGUCCGACAAGCCUCAGGACUUCCAGAUCAGGGUCCAAGUGGUAGAGGGGCGCCAGUUACCCGGGGUCAACAUCCGGCCGGUGGUCAAGGUCACGGCCGCUGGGCAGACCAAGCGAACGAGAAUCCGCAAAGGCAACAGCCCGGUCUUUGACGAGACUCUUUUCUUCAAUGUCUUUGAUUCUCCAUUGGAGCUGUUUGAUGAACCCAUCUUUAUCACGGUCGUGGAUUCCCGUUCGCUCAGAACAGACGCUCUUAUUGGGGAAUUUCGGAUGGACAUCGGAUCCGUUUACGCAGAACCCAGACACGCCUAUCUCAGGAAGUGGCUGCUGCUUUCCGACCCCGAUGACUUCUCAGCGGGGGCCAAAGGCUACCUAAAAGUCAGCCUUUUUGUGCUGGGCCCGGGAGAUGAAGCCCCCUUGGAGAGGAAAGAGGCCGCAGAAGACAAGGAGGACAUCGAGGGGAACCUGCUGCGUCCCACCGGCGUGGCCCUGCGUGGGGCUCAUUUUUGCCUGAAGAUCUUCCGGGCCGAGGAUCUGCCCCAGAUGGAUGACGCGGUGAUGGACGGCGUGAAGCAGAUCUUUGGCUUUGAAAGCAACAAGAAGAACCUGGUGGACCCCUUCGUGGAAGUCAGCUUUGCGGGAAGGAUGCUCUGCAGUAAAAUUUUGGAGAAGACAGCCUACCCUCAGUGGAACCAAAACAUCACGCUGCCGGCCAUGUUUCCCUCAAUGUGUGACAAGAUGAGGAUUCGGGUCAUGGACUGGGACCGUCUGACACACAACGACAUCGUGGGCACCACUUACCUGUGUAUGUCGAAAAUAUCCGCAUCCGGAGGAGAAAUAGAAGAGGAGCCGCCCGGUGUGGCCAGCCCUUACCCUGCCUCCGACCUUGACGACGGGCUGGGUUUCCUCCCCACCUUUGGGCCUUGCUACGUGAACCUUUAUGGCAGCCCCAGAGAAUUCACCGGCUUUCCUGACCCCUACGAGGAGCUCAAUCUAGGCAAGGGAGAAGGCGUGGCCUAUCGGGGCCGGCUGCUGCUGUCCCUGGAGACCAAGCUGGUGGAGCACACAGAACAGCGGGUGGACAACAUUCAUGGAGAUGACAUCCUGCGGGUGGAGAAGUACCUCAGGAGGCGCAAGUACUCGCUGUUCGCCACCUUCUACUCGGCCACCAUGCUGCAGGACGUGGACGACGCCAUCCAGUUCGAGGUCAGCAUCGGGAAUUACGGGAACAAGUUCGACACGACCUGCCUCCCGCUGGCCUCCACCACCCAGUACAGCCGCGCCGUGUUCGAUGGGUGUCACUACUACUACCUGCCCUGGGGCAACGUGAAGCCCGUGGUCGUGCUGUCCUCGUACUGGGAGGACAUCAGCCACCGGACGGACACGCAGAACCAGCUGCUGAGCAUCGCGGACCAGCUGGAAGCCGGCCUGAAUCAGGUCCACGUGGCCCUCAAGGCUCACUUCCCCGCGGAAGACCUCGACGGCCUCGUGGCGCAGGUGAUCGACACCCUCAUCUCCGACUGCAGCCAGCCCCUGGUGGACGUCAGGGAGAAGCCGGCGGCCACGCACCUGGACCACUACCUGUACCGCCGGCGGGUCAGCACCCUGAGCCAGAUCGUGCACACGGCCCUGGAGCUGAAGCACGCCGGCGCCCGCGACGACCUGAUGGCCGCCCUGGAGCAGGCCGAGGACUGGCUGCUGCGCCUGCGGGCCCUGGCCGAGGAGCCCCAGAACAGCCUGCCCGACGUGGUGAUCUGGAUGCUGCAGGGGGACAAGCGCGUGGCCUACCACCGCGUGCCGGCCCACGAGAUCCUCUUCUCCAGGGCUGGGGCCCGGUGCUGCGGCAAGAACUGCGGGAAGCUGCAGACCAUCUUUCUGAAAUACCCGAUGGAGGGCGUGAAGGGCUCCAAGAUGCCGGCCCAGAUCCGGGUCCAGCUCUGGUUGGGUCUCUCGGUGGAUGGGAAGGAGCUGAACAAGUUCGCCGAGGGGAAGCUCUCUGUCUUUGCCGAAACCUACGAGAACCAGACCAAGCUGGCCUUGAUGGGCACCUGGGGGACCAUGGGGCUCACCUACCCCAAGUUCUCCGAUGUCACCAGCAAGAUCAAGCUGCCCAAAGACAGCUUCCGGCCCUCGGCGGGCUGGGACUGGGCCGGGGACUGGUUUGUGAGCCCCGAGAAAACGCUGCUGCACGAUGUGGAUGCCGGCCACCUGAGCUUUGUGGAGGAGGUGUUUGAGAACCAAACCCGCCUGCCUGGAGGCCAGUGGAUCUACAUGAGCGACAACUACACUGAUGUGAAUGGAGAGAAGGUGCUUCCCAAGGAUGAUAUCGUCUGCCCCGUGGGGUGGAAGUGGGAAGAUGAAGAAUGGUCUACGGAUCUCAACCGAGCUGUGGAUGAACUAGGCUGGGAGUACGGCCUCACCAUCCCGUCCGAGCGGAAGCCCAAGCACUGGGUUCCGGCCGAGAAGAUGUAUCACACCAGCCGCCGGCGCCGCUGGGUCCGCCUGCGAAGGAGGGACCUCAGCCAGACGGAAGCGCUGAUAAAGCACCGGAAGGCAGAGUCCGAGGGGGAGGGAUGGGAAUACGCGUCUCUCUUCGGCUGGAAGUUCCACAUGGAGUACAGGAAGACGGACUCCUUCCGCCGUCGCCGGUGGCGCCGCCGCAUGGAGCCUCUGGAAAGGACCGGCGCGGCUGCCGUCUUUGCCCUGGAGGGGGCGCUGGGCGGCGUGGUGGAUGACAAGAGCGAAGACUCCAAGUCAAUCUCUACCUUGAGUUUCGGGGUCAACAGGCCCACGGUUUCCUGCAUCUUUGACUAUGGGAACCGCUAUCAUCUCCGCUGCUACAUGUACCAGGCGCGAGACUUGGCCGCCAUGGACAAGGACAGUUUUUCCGACCCUUAUGCCAUAGUGUCCUUCCUCCAUCAAAGCCAGAAGACAGUGGUGGUGAAGAAUACACUGAAUCCCACUUGGGACCAGACACUCAUCUUCUACGAAAUUGAGAUCUUUGGGGACCCCAAGACUGUCGCAGAGAACCCCCCCAGUAUCGUGGUGGAGUUGUACGAUCACGAUACUUAUGGUGCCGAUGAGUACCUGGGGCGCUGCAUCUGCCGACCGAGUCUGCAGCAGGCGCCGAGGCUGACGUGGUUCCCAAUUGUGAGGGGAGGCCGACCUGCUGGAGAGCUUCUUGCAGCCUUUGAACUCAUCCAGAGGGAGAAGCCGGCGAUUCACCAUAUCCCUGGUUUCGAGCCGAAUGACAUCUCCAGCGUGCUGGACGAGCUGUGCGCACCUGCCCUCUUCCUCCAGGGCCUCAUCCAAACGACCGGGGACACGGACCUGCCAUACCCUCCUCCCCAGAGAGAGGCGAACAUCUACAUGGUCCCCCAAGGCAUCAAGCCUGUCCUGCAGCGAACGGCCAUCGAGAUCCUGGCCUGGGGCCUCCGCAACCUGAAGAGCUUCCAGCUGGCCAGCAUCACGUCCCCGAGCCUGGUGAUAGAGUGCGGGGGGCAGGCGGUGCAGUCCUGCGUCAUCCGCAACAUCAGGAAGAACCCCAACUUCGACGUCAGCACCCUCUUCAUGGAUGUGCGGCUGCCUCGGGAGGAGCUGUACUGCCCGCCCAUCAUCAUCAAGGUCAUCGACAACCGCCAGUUUGGGCGGCGGCCCGUGGUGGGCCAGUGCACCAUCCAUUCACUGGAGCAGUUUCUGUGUGACCCGUACUCGGCGGAGAGCCCCUCUCCGGACAUGGGCUCGGAUGACGUCAGCAUGCUGACCCCCAGGGAGGAAGUGCUGAUCGACAUCGACGACAAGGAGCCUCUCAUCCCCCUGCAGCUUGCGGACGGUAUGGUUGGCUCAGCCCCCACUAACUUGAAGUCUUCUUCAUCUGGCCUCCAUGAAGAGGAGUUCGUCGAUUGGUGGAGUAAAUUCUACGCCUCAACGGGAGAGAACGAGAAGUGCAGAAUCUAUUUGGAGAAGGGGUUUGACACCCUGCAGGUGUAUGAGACGGAGCUGGAGAACGUGGAAGGCUUUGAAGGUCUGGCCGAUUUUUGUAACACCUUCAAACUAUACCGGGGGAAGACCCAGGAAGAGGUCGAGGACCCGUCUGUAAUCGGGGAGUUCAAGGGACUGUUCAAAAUCUACCCCCUUCCGGAUGACCCGGCUGUCCCCUUGCCCCCGAGGCAGUUUCACCAACUGCCCGCCCAGGGACCCCAGGAGUGUCUCGUCCGUGUUUACAUCAUCCGAGCUUUUGGCCUGCAACCCAAGGACCCCAAUGGAAAGUGUGACCCUUACAUCAAGAUUUCCGUGGGGAAAAAAUCCGUGAAUGACCAGGAAAACUACGUUCCCUGCACUCUGGAGCCUGUGUUUGGAAAGAUGUUUGAGCUGACCUGCACGCUGCCCCUGGAGAAGGACCUCAGGGUCAUGCUGUAUGACUACGACCUCCUCUCCAAGGAUGAGAAGAUCGGGGAGACGGUCAUCGACUUGGAGAACCGGUUCCUGUCCAAGUUUGGGGCGCGGUGCGGCCUUCCCCAGACCUACUGCGUCUCGGGUCCGAACCAGUGGCGAGACCAGCUGCGUCCCACCCAGCUCCUGCAUCUCUUCUGCCAGCAGAACAAGGCCAAAGCCCCCGUGUACCACCAGGACCGGGUGGUCUUCCAGGACACCGAGGUCACCCUCGAGGACAUCGAGCAUGGCAAGGUGGCCAAUCCCCACCUGGGCCCGGCGGAGGAGCGGCUGGCGCUGGCGGUGCUGAGGCAGCAGGGCCUGGUCCCGGAGCACGUGGAGAGCCGGUCCCUCUACAGUCCCCUGCAGCCGGACAUCGAGCAGGGGAAGCUACAAAUGUGGAUUGACCUAUUCCCAAAGGCCCUUGGGACGCCUGGACCUCCCUUCAAAAUUACUCCUCGCAAAGCCAAGAGGUUUCUCCUGCGAUGUAUCAUUUGGAACACCAAAGAUGUCAUCUUGGACGACGUCAGCAUCACAGGGGAGAAGAUGAGCGAUAUCUAUGUCAAAGGCUGGAUGCUUGGCUUUGAGGAGCACAAACAAAAGACAGAUGUUCACUAUCGCUCGCUGGGAGGAGAGGGCAACUUUAACUGGCGCUUCAUCUUCCCCUUCGACUACAUGCCCGCCGAGCAAGUCUGCAUGGUCGCAAAGAAGGAGCGCUUUUGGAAUCUGGACAAGACGGAAAGCAAGAUUCCCGCCAACCUCAUCCUCCAGAUCUGGGACAAUGACAAGUUCUCCUUCGAUGAUUAUUUGGGUUCCCUACAGCUGGAUCUCCAUCGGAUGCCCAAGCCAGCCAAGACUGCUGAAAAGUGCUCCCUGGACCAGUUGGACGAUGUCUUCCACCCAGAAUGCUUUGUGUCCCUUUUUGAGCAGAAGUCAGUGAGGGGCUGGUGGCCCUGCACAGUGGAUCUAGAAGAGAAAAGGACACUUGCAGGCAAGUUGGAAAUGACUUUGGAAAUUGUUUCCGAGUCAGAACAUGAAGAACGGCCUGCUGGGAUGGGCCGUGAUGAACCCAACAUGAACCCCAAGCUGGAGGAUCCAAAGCGGCCAGACACAUCCUUCCUCUGGUUCACGUCCCCUUAUAAAACAAUGAGAUACAUCAUCUGGCGGAGGUUCAGGUGCUUCAUUAUCCUCUUCAUCAUCCUCUUCAUCCUGCUCCUUUUCCUUGGAAUCUUCAUUUAUGCUUUCCCGAACUAUGCUGCCAUGAAGCUGGUGAAACCCUUCAGCUAGCCUGCCUCUGGAGGCGCCCUGGGAGCAGGGCCCCGGGCCCCCAAGUCUUUCUCCGCCUCCAUCCCAUUCCUCUGCCGCUCAGCCCCGGCUCAUCCAGGCAGUGGGAGCUGCCUCCAGCUCGAGGAAUGGGCGGGAGGGGAUCCGGUGCCCCAGGACCCCCAAAGCUGGGAAGCUCCUCCUGUCUCAAACACUCUUCCCUUGGACUUUUGGGACAACAUGGAGUUUAAGAGACCACGGCUGCUAUUCUGGGAGGGAUGGGUGAGGGUCCAGCCAAGUGGUUUGCGAGCCUGAUCUUCCAGGAGAGGGUCCUCGAGGAAGAGCGUGCAGCCGGGGAGCCUCGGACGGGCAGGAGGUGGUGGCCCUGUCUGGCUCCCACUCUUCUCUCCAUGUGACCUCUGGGGCUGCCUGGCUCUUCUCCCUUUCCCUCCCUUCUUGGAGCCCUCAUGAUCCCAGGAUCUCAGGGUUGAGAGAACCUCCAGCAGCUGCGCAGCCCAUACCAAGUGUGAGAGACCCCUGGCCACCCCCAGCUUCUGGUGCUCUGACCUUCCCCCCAAACCAGUCCCAGCUUCCUUUCCUUUCAUCACUUCCUCCUUCCCUGCUUGUGGCGUCGAAUGAAAGCCCUGCUUUCUCUCCUUCACUUCCCCUCCUCGCUGCCCUCCCUCCCUGCCCAGUUCCUGCAUUUUAUAGAAUCUCAGGAUUUCUCUCCUCUGCUUCCCCUCCUUGCUGCCCUCCCUCCCUGCCCAGUUCCUGCAUUUUCAGAAUCCCAGGAUAGCUCUGAAGCUCUUCUGUCCAGUCCACAUCUGGACAAAACUCUGGCAAAAAUGACAGAGCCAGUCACCUGGUCAACAUAAGUGCCUACUGUGGAUGUGCCAGGCACUGUGUCAGGCUUGGGGAUAUCCUGUGUCCAGUCAAGGAGCGUUUGUUAUUAAGCACUUACUAUGUGCCAGGUCCUGUUUCAGGCUUGGGAAUAUCAUGUGUCCAAUCAAGAAGCAUUUGUUAUUAAGCACCCUACUAUGCCAGGCACUGUUCCAGGCUUGGGAAUAUCAUGUGUCCAGUCAAUAAACAUUUAUCAUUAAACACCUA